AUGAGUCUCAGACUCCGACCAUACGAGCCCAGCAUGUCCCCCGAUCUAUCCAUCUCCCAAUCAACAUUGGACCCCGAAUCAUCUCUCUCCUCAGUCGAGAGAUACUCCGCAGCACUGGACGCCCUGAACGCCAGCAACCAUAACCUCGAAUACAAGCUCGCCAAGAUCCAAGCCCGCAAUCUGCGCCUCAAGCUUGACCUGAUGAGACUCCAACGACACAUUACGUCGUUUCAUCACGAUCUCCUCGCUACCUGGGAAGCCGACAUCCUGACGAGCCUUAUCGAGGUGGUUUACCAACGGCAAGGUCGGAAACUGCACCGCGGACACGACAUCGACCUAAGAAGGCUCGACCGGAAGGCUCUAUCGAUGAUGUAUACCAUAGCAGCGGGGAGAAUCGGCAGGAGGGCGCUUAGGAAUUUGUUCGGUCUGUCGCAGCAUUAUUGGUUAGCGUUGCAGAAGUACGAUGAGAUUGCGCAUCUGCGAAGUACGAGUCCUUCUCGUACGGAGGGCACGUUUGCUCGAUGGUUGAUGACGGAAAGGGAGACGAAUCCUAAACGAGCGGGUUUCUGGGCUAGAUUGUUUCCUGUUUGUUAUGAUUAUUGCUGGAAACAACCCUGGGACACCACCUUCUACACACGCAAGCCCAGCGACAGAGAAUCGACGGACAGCCUGCUGUUCUGGGCAGGCAAAUGUGAAACUAGUGCAUGGCGGUUGGACCUUGAGAACUCCAUCCAUUCGCCGAUUAUGAAAUCACCAUUCGGUGCCCGCGGAAAGUUGAGGAAGUGGUCCGUGGCUAUUGGACUGUGUGGCAUGAGCCUGAUCCCUGAUAUGUUAUUCUGA